CCAUUUCAUUUUCAGACCCAGUCCAGUGACAAAGAAAUGGCUUUUGAGAAACCUCCAGUGAUCAUAGACACGGGAAGCUACACCAUAAAAGCUGGUUUCGCAUGCGACAACCAUCCUGUGGCCAUCUUUAGGACGGCCGUCGGUCGCCCGAGCUACCUGAACGGCAGUUAUGGGAAGGAGCCUUACGAUGUUUACGUUGGAAAUGAGGCCACAGAACAGGGCGAAGACCUGGAGAUCAGCUACCCCGUAGUAAAAGGGAGGAUAGUUCAUUGGGACAAUAUUGAAAGGAUCCUCCAUCACAUCCUGUAUAGGGAGCUGAAGGUAGCUCCCGAGGAUAGAGCCAUCAUGCUGUCUCUUGCUGCCAGUACGCCGAUGAGCGAGAAGUUUAGAUGCUGUGAAAUAAUCUUCGAAACGCUAAACUGUAUAGGACUGUGCAUUCAGUCACAGGGCGUCCUUACCAUGUACGGGAGUGGAUACACUACAGGCAUCUGCGUUGACAUGGGAUAUGACAAGGUAGACAUAUCCCCGGUGUACGAAGGAGGUCUUAUUGCGUAUGCGCAAACGACCACCGGUAUCCCGAGCCUUGGACUCCAUGACUAUGUACGAAGGCUUCUUGAAGAAAGAAAUAUCAACAUAACUUCUCAACGAGUGCUGCGUGAUUUAAAGAAGAAUGCUUACAUUACAAGAAACGCCGCUUUUAACAGGAAGACUGGUACAAAAACCUUCACUCUGCCCGAUGGCGAAGUUAUAGACAUCAGCAACGAAGCCUUCAUGGCAGGAGAAGUCCUCUUCCAACCGGAACUGGCCGCUCCAGACUGGGACGUGCUAUCUAUACCCAAAGCAGUACAGAAGGCAGCAGAAAUGUGCGAUCCUGAUCUACGAUCUGAACUGUUGGACGGUGUCGUGCCCUGUGGAGGCAUGUCCAUGAUACCUGGACUGUGUCCUAGAUUAAAACAAGAUCUGGAAGUGCUGACCAACGAGGUAGUGAACGUGUAUUCGUCAGACGAGGCGUAUGCUCUGUCGUGGCUUGGUGGCGCCACAUUUGCAGGUAUGCCGGACCCGAAAAUAUGGGUUACUAAGAGGCAGUACGAAGAUUUUGGAGAGAAAAUUGUCAAAAACAAGUUUACUUAGUUAAUUUUGUCUAGUUGUAAUAAAAGCAU